AUGCCUGUGGCGCCGGACGUCCUGCCGGACGUCCUGCGGCACUUGGCGUGGCGCGUCCGGGAUCUGGCGGCGUGCUGCCGCGUAUGCCGUCUGUGGCAUGCAGUUGCGACGCCGCUGCUGUAUGAGCGCAUCUGGCUGCGAAAUCAGACGCGCCUCGUGCGUGUCUUUGCCACCCUCGCGCAGACACCGUCUCUCGCGGCCUUCGUGCGCAUCCUCGAGGUCCGCGUAUUUCCGUUCGGCAUGCCGGCAGAAGCGCUCGAGGCGCUCGAAGCGCAUAUCGUGCAGGCGCUCCAGUCGAUGACGCACUUGCGCGAGCUGCGAUGGACUCGCACAGGCAGUCUGAGCGACCGCGUCCUGCUACACAUGUUCGACGCCACGCACCACUUGCAGACGCUCGAGCUCACGGGCGAUAGUCGGACGUGGUCGCCACGCCUGCUGGCUGAGCGCAUCCCACGCAGCGUCACCACCCUGUCGUUUCUCCUACCGGAUGCUACCGUCGUACGACACCUACCCGAUAUCGUCGCGCAGCUCGAGGGCCGCCUAGCGUCCCUGCAGCUGCUGUGCAUGCACUCGUCCGUCGUCACGGACGACAUCCUGAGGACGCUGGCGCCCCUGGCACCGCGCCUUCAGCGCCUCGCGCUCAUUGGAUGCAAGCACGUUUAUGGCCCCGGCAUCGAGGCCCUCGCGACGGUCCGUCACUUGUGCCUCGAGGCGGUGGGACUGAGCCCCUCGGCGCUCGGACGCGUCGUGCCUCAGCAUGUGCAGUCACUCGUACUAACGCUACCGCGCCACGACGUGCCAAGCUUUCUCGACGAGGUGAGUGCGGUGCUCGCAUCGUGCGACGCAUUGCAGCACCUCACACUGUACGCGUGCGGCGGACGCGCAGCGAUCGUCGACGCACACGCGCCGCACAUGACCGAUGCCUGCCUGCGCCGCCUAGGCGCCACACCCCUACGCACGCUGCGUCUGUACGGCCUCGGCCUCUCUCUGGCACAGCUGAACGCGCUCUCAUACGCAAAGAUCGCACACACGCUCCGUGACCUCGUCGUGCACUUGUACGAAGGCAUCACGGAUACCUUGUUCGGCAGCAUAGCGCGCUUUGCCCACCUCGUGAGCGUGCAUAUCCUGUCAGACACGAACUCUGACGCCACGCUCACCGACGAGGACGCACAGCAGCUCGUCUCGCAGGCUGGCGAGCACCUCCAACAAGUCGGCUUUCGCAAUCGCGUCAUGCGCGUCUGCGUAACAAAAGAAGGACGCGCACUCACGACGUGGGACGCGCACAGCGAGACGUUUCCCGACGUCAUGCUCGUCGUCCGGAGCUAG